UUUUGCGCCACUUGGUUGUCUGUGAUGGUAGUGUUCGAAUGUAACUAAGGCAAGCUAUUUAAGCAACUUUCAAAAUUCUCGUCGCAUGAAAUUCCAAAUUUGUUUCGUCUUCAGUUUCCGGCAGACAAAGUCCUCACUUGGACAACGCCGCCAUCGUCAUCACCGCAUCUGCUUGCAGCACUCCGCCUAAUCCUCUAGAGAACUGGCACUCGAUUCCCCCAAAACUGAUGAUCCUCGAACUUUGCAUGCAGUUCCACUUCAUGCGCGAAUUGAGUGUUCGCAUCUACUUUCUGCGAAUGAGACUAGCCAUAGUCAAUCAACUGGCGCCAGUCGAGGACUUCUCCAACGAGCAUUAUUCAUAAGAUCGAUAAGAAAUCCCAUUUAUAUAAAGACAAACUGGUCACAAUGUCUGGAUCGAGGCGACGCCGCAGCAUGUUGGGAUACUACGAGUACUUUAUGCCGGGAAUCUAUGACUAUCCGGUGAUCCAAUGUGCCGCGAGUGCAAACCGUUCCUAUAGUAUGAUGGACCCACUACUGACCAGUGCCUCACCAACUUGGUCCAUUCCCGAUGGAAACGCCGCCUAUGUAGCCGGGCCAAUGGGCGUGAUCAACUACCUGUCGGAUAUGCAAACGCACUUGGCUCUGCCAACCAGCGAAAAUGUGGAAACUGGCCUGAUUUGUACGACCAUCGAGACCCAUUCAUGUUUCCAUGGGCCACUUCCGGAAUACGUUCAAGUGGAGAAUGAACUCACCGAUGACGAGGGAUACGGCUAUGAGAUUCCCGAGCUUCUUCUCUGCUUCAACCAUUCACAUUCGGAGUCCGGCGGAGCUGAUGAGUCCGGUGAUUCGCAGCGUACAUCAAGUAGUUGCUCCUCGGUGGAGAUCAGCGAGCAGUCAGGAUCGGGGGAAUACGUUAAAUCCGAAUCGGUUCCCAAGAAGCGUAGGAAAGUAUCGAAAAAGCGCAUCUAUACAGCCGAGCAGGGUUACGUGGUGGAGGAACCCACCAGCGAACCAUCCGAGGAUGAUGACGAGCAACUGCCACCCACCAAAUCCAGAAAAUAGAUAUCACUGCGUAUUCGAAAAGUUUCAGUUCAGCGUUGAAGUUCGACUGUAGACCUAUAUAUUUUCAGAAACGUUACCCAAUUUGAUUUAUCGUUGCAAUUUGUAGUGAUCAAAAUAUAUAUAUUUUAUACAUA